GCGUAGGGCAGAACCGCACCAACAGUCAAACGAUAUAUUUUCUUAUUAUAACAUUUUUGGCUUCAGUUCUGCAAGAAUUCUGAUGUUAUAGCCAUUCGUUCAGUGAUUCUCUCCAUCAAAAGAAGAGCAUAUAUUCUGUGAACACAUUUCUUGUAAUCAACCAAAUUUCUCAAUACUUUUUGCACAAAAUAUAUUGAAAAAAAAUUAUUGCUUCAAAAUGGGAGACAUCGAGCAAGAGAUCAAUUUGGAUGAGAUCACUGACGAACGGGUUUUGCAAAACCUGUUGGACCAAACAGAGGAUAUCGACGACCGAAAGGCCAUCAGAGCUCGUAUUCAGGAGUUGCGAGCCGUGGAGAAAGCGCGAAGGGAAGAGAAAUUGAAUAAAUUGACGAAUUCUAGAGAAGAUAGACUCCAACAGAAACAGAAAGAAGCGAAUGAACACAAACAGAGGACAAUGGCUAUGUAUGACUCGAUGGCUAAGUCCGCGCCCGCCGGCGGCGACAAACGCAUGGAUAUCGGCAUUUAUAAGAGCUUUGAUGCUACCCCUCCCGGAACGCCGACCGGCUCGAUAUCAGGCAUCAAAUCCAGUGAUUUAGUUGAGGACGCAUUGCGUCAAAGACAGAGAGCGGCGGAGGACAGGAAGAAGCGGGUGUUGGCCGCAUACGAUGCCGCCGCUCGGGGCCAGGCGUCAGGCGUCGCCAACCGUGAGGUCAACUUCGAGGCCUUUAAGAAAGUUGACGUCUCUGAAUAUACUCCCGUCAAAAGUGAGAGCACUUCCACAUUUGGCAGCUCAGGUGGUGUGGCCAAAGUGACAAAGGCCCCCUCAUCACAGCCGGGAACUCCUCUGAGUCCUGGAUUCCCGGGUGGUGUGAGCUUUCCCAAGGAGAGUGAACCGGACGCCAUGGAGAGGAUGAUCCGCGCCCGACAACUGGAGGCCGAUGAACGCAAACGACGAACUCUGGCCGCCUAUGACAUCGUCGCCAAACAGGGCGCAGUGAAGAACCAUCAGUUAGGCACCUCUUACUCGUCUUCGGCUGGUUUUACCGGAGGAGUAGCCCAGGCAGAGCCAAAACAGAAUGAUAAACGGACUGAAGGGGGACUGGGAUCCAGUUCCAGUGUUACCAUUACUAAGUCCGUCACUACUUCUUCGUGUACUACUAGUAGUCAAAAAUCUGGUGGUGGAGUCGCCAGAAGUGGAAGUGAUAUAAAAGAUAUGCUUCUGAGAUGGUCGAGGGCUAAGACUAAAGAAUAUGAGAACGUGCAAAUCGACAACUUCUCCGGCAGUUGGGCCAAUGGACUGGCAUUUGCGGCACUCAUUCAUCACUUCUUUCCCGACGCCUAUGACUACAAGGAAUUGGACUCAAAGAACAGACGCCGAAACUUUGAGCUCGCCUUCAAAACGGCUGAAGAAAAGGCUGAUGUCUACCCGUUGAUUGAAGUGGAGGACAUGUUGCUUAUGAAGGAUAAACCGGAUUGGAAGUGUGUGUUCACUUAUGUCCAGGCUAUAUAUAGAAAACUUCACGACAGGGACUAAACUCUUAAAUCAUUUUUUCUGCUUUUCGUUGUUUUGGAGUUAAGUUUGAUUUUCUGGAAACGAAUUAUAAGUUUGCGAUAUUUGUAUACAUUUUCUUAAUUAUGUUUAAAG